AGAACCAAUUGAACAUGCUAUUUCAGGAAGUAUCAAUUGUAUUGAUGUUAUUAAAUGUUUCUGUUAAUUCAUUACCACUAUACAGAGUUGAGUAUUAGUGAAUGAUAAUGAUUUAUUAAAUAUUAUUAUUUAUGUGUUUACUAUUAUAUAAUGUGCUUUGUAUAGACCAAUUUACAAGAUAAAAAAGUAUUUGAGAUAGCAUCAGAUAAUAAAGACUAUGAUGAAGAAAGUGAAAAUGAAAUGAUUCAGCCUGCUGAUCUUACAGCUAUGGAACUUUACAUGGAAGAUGAAAGCAAAUACAAACCGCUACAUUCUUUGGUAGAAAAUUAUAAUAACCAAGAUACUCUAAAGAAAAUGCAGUUUGCAAAUGUGUUUAACCAACUGGAACCAAUUAUCAUCAAAGAACAAAAAUCUAAAUUUUUAUAAGAAAAUGUUUCGAAUAAAACGCGAGCAUGAGGUGGAUACAACCAGUGUGUAUGUUGAAGAAACAGAACCAGGUGAAGAAGUUUAUGAUUAUGAAAAGUUUAAAAAGGAAUAUGAUGAACAAAUAGCACGAUAUACAACUACGGACAAAAUAUCGAACUAUACCAACGGAAAUACAUCUGAAGAAACGCAGAGAAAAAAAUAUCCUGCAGAAACACUGCAAAAGUUAUUUGACUUCAAAAACUGUACAGAGGCAUCAAAAAAAUUUGGUAUUAAAGCUAUAGAUUGCUUAGUGGACAAUUAUGAACGUCAAAAGCCUGCUUUGAAGAAGUCUGUACAGAAAGUGUGGUUGAUGAUCAGGGUGUGGUUUCUAAUAUACAUAUGUCUCGCGAUACCUUGUUGGUGUCAGAAAGGUUGGUGUUGUUGGUGUUUCCGUUGCAAGGUUUGUUUUCCCAGAACAAGAAUUUUAUUUGCAAAACAAUAUUAUGCACUUAAUCCUCCUGGAGUACUAGCCAAAGAAGUUAAGAAGAAAGAGGAGGCACAACAAUUUAUUACAUACGAGCCUACCGAGUUUGAGGAAGAUGCAUUUGAACAAUUUGAAACGGCGAUAAGAAAUAUAUAAAUACUUUUCCUACAUUAGUAAAAUUACCUCUAUAAUAUCCUGCGCCUUUGCGUAAUCAUUUUUCCAUAAACAUUGAAUAAUUAGGCUUUCUUUAGUUGCUAACAUUAAGUUCACGAAUAAUGGUUUGUAUAUGGUAUCUUUGG